UCAGAAGCAAAAAUAUCAAGAAUCAGAACAAAAGACUCCCCAGCAACAAUAGCACAUUCUAGAAAACAAGGAAAGACUACCUUCCACGUUCUACAGAAAAUUUAUUUCAGCCUGAAAUUCUACAGACACACCCUCGAUCAAGUGUCAGGAUGGAAUGAGGGACAUUCUGAGGCAUGAAAAGAUUCCAAACAUUCAUUUUCCUUGCACUCUUUCUUAGACCAACCACCCCCAUCUCGCUUGGCUGUCUACACAUAUAUUUGCUCCCAUUGGCCAGAUUUCCUGUGCUUCAUUUCUGCUGUGCUACCUGCUUCCUAUGGCCUCCCUCCACACAUCCUCUCUGGGGUUCAAAUCGUACCCAUUCUUCAAGAUGCAGCGGAAGCCCCACCUGCCUGUUGCAGCCAGGACCUCCAUUAACAGCGACCCACUCCCCCUACCCUUCUCAAGCUCUGGAAUCUUCCCUGUACAUCUUGCCACUUGCCUGUGUCUGGCAUUCACGUCUGUGUAUGUCUGAAUUCUCCAACCAGAUUGGAACAGUAUCUUCUUCAUGCUUCCAUUUAUGGUGACGGGCAAAUACAGGUGCCCAACGAACAUGUGAAGUUUGUCCUAGUUAAUUAGGGUAAUCUGAUUCCUGAGUCCCGUGUCCUUUCACGACCCCUUUCUAUCCAAGAUAUUCGGAAGGUUCGUUCAAAAGAAAAUUAUAAACUCUCAAGAAUUUCGAACAUAGGAAAACCUCCCAACUUCACAAGGACAAAAGUAACUUGGAGGCCGACUUGGUGUCCUAUUCAAUUCAGUAACGAGCAAUGAUUGUGUUUACUAAAAAAAAAAAAAAAAACAACUGCAGAUCAUGAUUGCAAAAUCAAGUCAACCUAAGGGGAAAAAAAAGCAUAUCAUGACACACUUCAUGGCAAGUGGUCCUUGCCUGUUACGAAUUAAAUAACGAUACAAGCCAAUUCAUGCCACGUCUCACUGUUGUUUUCUAAAUUCUGUGGCAACAGAGACAGGCUUCAACUGAAAAGAGAGAGGAAUGAAGAGCCUUCUGCUUCUGUUUUUGCUCUGUGUAACAUUUUCCUCUGCGUUUCCUACAGCCCGAAAGAUGGACCCUGAGGAGAACAUGCACCUGGCACAGGCAUAUCUCAACCAGUUCUACUCUCUUGAAAUAGAAGGGAGUCAUCUUGUUCAAAGCAAGAACAGGACUCUCAUAGAUGGCAAAAUUCGGGAAAUGCAAGCAUUUUUUGGAUUGACAGUGACUGGACAGCUGGACUCAAACACUCUUGCAAUCAUGACGACACCCAGGUGUGGCGUGCCUGAUGUGGGUCAGUAUGGCUACACUCUCCCGGGGUGGAGGAGACACAACCUCACAUACAGAAUCAUAAACUACACUCCAGAUAUGUCACGAGCAGACGUGGACGAGGCUAUCAGGAAUGGCCUAGAAGUGUGGAGCAGGGUUACUCCACUAACAUUCACCAAGACUUCCAGGGGGAUCGCAGACAUCAUGAUUGCCUUUAGGACCCGAGUCCACGGUCGGUGUCCUCGUUACUUCGACGGCCCCUUGGGGGUCCUCGGCCACGCCUUCCCUCCCGGGCUGGGUCUGGGUGGAGACACUCACUUUGAUGAGGAUGAAAACUGGACCAAGGAUGGAGCAGGAUUCAACUUAUUUCUUGUGGCGGCUCAUGAAUUUGGCCACGCGCUGGGGCUCUCGCACUCCAAUGAUCAGACAGCUUUGAUGUUCCCAAAUUAUGUCUCCCUGGAUCCUAACAAAUACCCGCUUUCUCAGGAUGAUAUCAACGGAAUCCAAUCCAUCUAUGGGAGUCUACCUAAGGCAUCUGCUAAGCCAAAGGAACCCACUGUCCCCCAUGCCUGUGACCCUGAUUUGACUUUUGAUGCUAUCACCACUUUGCGCAGAGAAGUAAUGUUCUUUAAAGGCAGGCACGUAUGGAGGAUCUAUUAUGACAUCACUGACGUUGAAUUUGAACUAAUCUCUUCGUUCUGGCCAUUGCUGCCAACGGAUAUUCAAGCUGCAUAUGAGAACCCCAAAGAUAAGAUUCUAGUUUUUAAAGAUGACAACUUCUGGAUGAUCAGAGGAUAUGCAGUCUUGCCAGAUUAUCCCAAAUCGAUCCAUACACUUGGCUUCCCAAGACAUGUGAAGAAAAUCGAUGCGGCUGUCUGUGACCACAGCCUAAGAAAAACCUACUUCUUUGUGGACAUCUGGUGCUGGAGGUUUGAUGAAGCGACCCAAACCAUGGACAAAGGGUACCCACGGAGGGUGGUGAAGUACUUCCCAGGAAUUGGUCUCCGAGUUGAUGCCGCCUUCCAGUAUAAAGGAUUCUUCUAUUUCUUCCGUGGAUCAAAGCAGUUUGAAUAUGACCCUAAGGCAAAGAACAUUACCAGAAUGAUGAAAACCAAUACUUGGUUUCAGUGCAAAGAACCAUUAAACUCAUCAUCUGAUUUUAGUGUCAGUGAGGAAGAAGUACACUCCGGAGGAGUAGAGAUGUUUUAUCGUAUGAAUGUAAACUUGCUUAUUUUCAGUAUUGUUCAUGUGCUAAAAAUAUAUAUAUAGUUAUCAAUAAAUCAUAGACCUAAAAUAAACCUCAAGAGGUCUUUUCGUCUGAACUCUGCUUCACAGUGGAAUAGAACUGUUGUUGAAUGUAAGCUGCCCAACCCGGUUCUAAAUAUCUAUUGCAUAAAGACUCAACACAUACUUUGAGCUGCCUGACUCUUUUUACAGGAAGUUAUGAUGUAUAAGCAAAACUCGCACUGUAUCGUAAGCCUACUUUGUGUUUGUGGACUUGGAUAAGUAAGCCAUGUGUCUUAUAAUAACUAAAUACUACAGACAUUAAACCAAUCUUUAGCAUCCUAUUUUGUCUGGACCUUUGCAGUUGGAGAGGCCGCAUAAACUGCAACCCUCGUCUGUACCCAUGCUCUGAACCCACUGAGAAAUAACGUUCAAUCCUAAGAGCAAAAUGGCACCUUUUUUACUGAUAGAGCAUAUGUUAGCAACUGUAACUGUGGGCAAGCUAGCUUUCUAAUAUCAAAUUCUAGAAUAAGACAUAGACUCAAGUCAUGGGAAGAACUGGA